AGUCGACUCUGUGUUUUGUAUUUUGCAAUCCAGAUUGGGAAAAACCAGAGACAAAUGUGCUGAGUAUCGCUUAACAGAAGAAGACAGUGCGUUGCAGUAGUCAGACUAUAUUUUUGAAGUGACAUUAGACACCAAUCUAUAACACACGAUUCAGAAGAAAAAAUCAACAACUGUUAAUUGUGUUGACGAAGGAACACAAACAACAAACAAAAGAUGGCUACCCAGGCGGUGGAACUUGCUGGUUUGCCGCCGUACACGGCGAUGUUGUGGUCACAAUUUCAGGCGUGCCCGCCACUCCUGUACAACCUGUUCGAGUCGACAGUCCGGCCGGGUGAUGUGUCUCACCAUUCCGACAAAGUGUUCGACAUGUCAGGAUCUUUGAUCAGUCACAAACUCAGUGAGCUGACGGUAAAAAACAUCGAAGAACUACAUCGUCUGACAAACGACCUCCUCAAUAUGCCAAUCUUGUUCCAUAUUAAGGUUGAACAUCAGCGUACUGACAAUUAUGUAGUGGUCAAAGUCCGCAAGAAGUGGAAAGAUGAGUUUGCUGUGUUGGUUAACACGAGGCACCCUAGAAUUCGGGAACUGAUAACCAACAAACUUACCCAGGCCAUGCAAUAUAUGCAGGAAGGAAAGAACUUUUGUCUGAAGCUGGACUUCGGACCGAGUGUACGACAGUGGUACAGCGGGAUUGUUGACAGCCAGGUGUCAUUUUGUGACAAUCGCUCCAACGAUGACUCUGGUCACAUGACCAUCUGGGUGACCAAUUACUCAACACCGAUGGAAUGCUGUACUUCUCUACUCUGCAUCUGUAUCUGCUUUCCACUGUGGCUGGUGUGUGGGGGACCUUGUUACGUGACACACAGGAAAAUGAAGUGCAUUGAUGAAGAACAAGAAUUCAGUGAUCUCCCAGUGACCUUGCUGUCAGGGGUGACCAGAACCGUUACCAUUCAGAACCCAGCACCACCUCCGCAGGCCCCACAUUACCCAGCACACCCUCAAGGACAGCCAAUGCAACAAUAUCCUCCACAAAUGCAAAUGGGACAGCCACCUUAUAACAUGCAAGGUCACCCCCAGCAAGGUCAUCCCCAGCAAGGUCAUCCCCAAGGAGCUUACCCAACGGAGGCUCCUCCGAAGUAUCCGGGGCCACCUCCGCAGUAUUCGGCAUGAGCCAUGUGUGGAAUGAUGACUGAUCGAAUCUUUUAAACACCAUGCAUUGAAUUGAUUUAUUUCAGUGAUGAUAUAGGCUGCUCACUUAGUGCUAAAUAUCACAACUUUCACACAAGUGAAGAAUUUGAUUGUUACGACUUUCACACAAGUAAGAAUUUUAUUGUCAUGACUUUCACACUUGUAGUGUAAUGGGUUUCUGGGACCUCUUGCCAAUAACCAUGCUAUUUAAUAGUCCUUGUGACCUUGACCCAGGUGACUUGACGAUCCCGGUGAUAUUGUUAACACACAAUAAUAUAGAUAUCAUUUAUAUUGUGUAGAGAUGUUGCAGAGUGGUGGAGGAAAAUGCUUUCUGUAUCAAAACUUAGACAUCCGUCUUGCCCUUUGUAUAUAUGUGCAAUAGAACUAUGUUGACACCAAGCCUGGAAACGUUCUUCAGGUGUUCAAUAUUAUUGUGAAAUGUAUUUAGUACUUAAAAUAAAUUUCGAGCUAAUGAUAUCUAUUCCCUAUUACAUAUUUUAUUUUGCCAUCUGAUAGAUGUGAUCCUAAGUUUUUAUUUAAUUUUUCAUAUCCAAAGAACAAUGUGGUUUUUUUUUUGUUUUUUUUUAAAGUUUGAAUUCUAAUUACCUGAAUAUGUUGUCAUCAAAUGCCAUGAACUUACUCUCUCGUAGAAAAUGAUCUUCGUGUUUAAUGAUUAAGCUGAUUGAUUUUCCCACUUCAAAUUCAGGGUAUAUUAUGUUGGUAACAUGUAUUACAAGUUAAAGGGGAAUUCUUUUUUUCGGACAUCAGAAACAUGCAUAGGUAAUUUCUAAUUAUGAAAUUUAUGACUGACCGAUUAUAUAAGUGUGUUUGCCUACAUGUAAUGAAAUUAACACUGAAAUGUACAAGAAAAAGGCUUAUCGUAUACAAAUACUGUAUGUCUUUGCAGUAAUUAGUGAUACUUCGGGUAGAAUUAAGAAUUUUGAGGACUUACUACUUGAAGAACUUUGGUUUAUCUUGAGAGUAAAACUGCCCUAUUAAUGUAAAAAUUAUAAUUUAAAUACUUGGAAAAAAUAACUAUUUUCCAAUAGGUUUAAUUUUGAUGACCUUGACUUUAUUCAAACGAAGGAAUGCACCUUUAACUUUACACAAUAUAGCGUAUAUCUAUGUCUUUAAACAAUUGUAAGUGAAUCUAAUUCACAACACUGUACCGCAAGUACUUCUAAAUCACCGCUUGUUGGAAAUAGAUAUGCUAUUAUGUUUUUCAAAAACAUUUUGUUGCAAACGUAUCCACAAAUUUAUCUGAAAUAUACAUAUACUGGCGGUAUUGUACUUAUCUAUACGGAGUAAGUUUGUUAUGAUUUUCAAAUAAGAUACUUUGAUAUGAUAGAAUUAUAGAUUCUGGUAUAAUCUUGCUCUAGUGCACAACAAUUUAUGAUAUAAUUUUAGAUAUAUUUAGAUAUAAUUUUGCAACAAAAAUGAAAACCAUUAAACCUGUUUACUUAUUUAAUUUAAUAUGUUUUUAUAUACUCUGUUUUUACAUCAGUACAGUGAUUUGAGUACCUGUUUGACAUUGCAUGACAUUUUCUAUUUUUCCAAGACGAUGGAGACAUCUUCCAUAUGUUAAAAUGUGAUGAAAUAUUUAGGAAAAUAUACUUUUCUAUGACGCUACUUUUUUAACACAGUAAAAAAUAUAUUUUGAUGCUUUGAUAAAUAUCCAUGUUGUGCCUGCAUUGUAUUUGAUUUGUUUUACAUUUUGUGUGUUCCAAGAGGUCGUGGUUUCUUGGUUAUUUAUUUUAGCUUAAAACAAAACAUUUUUCUUUUGGCAACUAUGAUCAAAUUCCUUUUGUCUUCAAUAGUGCUUGGCAUAAAAUUAAUUUAAUGCUAUAUGAAUUUUCAUAUUGAUAGAGAUACUAUCAGUAAUAAAUUACCAUUACGAUUUAAAUCACGCUUCAAUAUACCAGUAAUAGUCUACAUAUGUAACUACCAACCAAUAUCUGUAAUUCUGUUUAAUCAUGACAAUUUUAAUUAUUUCUCGAAAUUUCAGCUUUUGAAGUACGUACAAAAUUAGUCAUCUCCUAAUAACUUUGUGAAACACUCUGUUUUAAUGCUCUACACUGUAACCAGACUUCGACCCAGUGUUAAUAGGUUGUCAUUGCUGAAGCCUGUCUUUACUCAUUUCAAUAACUGGAUGUUAUGGUUGGACAAGUGUCCACAGAACAAUGGUUAAAUACAUGCAGCGAAAGCCACAGAAUUACAGCUGUAGGCCAUCUCGGAUUGUACUGUAAUUUAAUCUGAUACAGGAUUACAGUAUUACAGCUGUAGGCAAUCUCGGAUUGUAUGGUAACUUAACCUGAUACAGUAUUACAGAAUUACAGCUGUAGGCCAUCUCGAAUUGUACUGUAAUUUAAUCUGAUACAGGAUUACAGUAUUACAGCUGUAGACAAUCUCGGAUUGUACUGUAACUUAAUCUGGUACAGUAUCUAUAAUCACUUUCAGAUGUUUGUAUACUUUGUACAUACUUUUUUUCGUUUACUUUUAAUGGUUGUGCAUAUCAUUUGAAUUUACAUUGUUUUCCCAUAACUGGUUGUAUUCAUAUUGAAAUUCAUUUUGGCUUAAUAUUAUUUGUUGUAGUUACCAUGGUAAUGUAUAUGUAUUAACAUGUUCAUGGUACAUCACGGCUUAGAGAUACUUUUACUGAUACAAUGAUGCAAUUCCUUAUAAUAUCAAUUAAUUGAUUAAUUUAACACCCAAAUAUAGAAGGCCUAGCUGCUGGACGACCAUGACUAAGGGAGGUAAUCCCCUACAUUGUAGGGUAUUAAAGACGAAUUAUAACAUUUCCCAAUCUGAUCAAAAUACAAAUUAUCAUACAUCAUCACAAUGUAGUGUAUAUAUAACAAUGAUCUGUAUUUAAUCAGAAUAAACAUUUCCUUCAACUGAAAUAUGACGAUAAUUACCUACAACUGUAACUUUAAAACAUAUACAGUUUUUACUUUAGAUUGAGGAUUACUAAUUAAGGUUUGCUUGUUAAAUCAUUGUAUAGUGAAUGCUAUCAGAAUUUAUUGCUAAAAGUAAAUAUUGUAUAAUUGAUGAACAAGAUAAUUUCUAAUUUCUGCACCAUCUUAUGCCAUGUACGGUACUUAAAAAGUACAAAAUGAGUUCUUUAUGAAUCGGGUAUAUGUUUUAUGCAACAUUUUAAGUAUUUAUGAACAGCAUGCAUUUUCAGACACACUGCUGGGAAAUGUAAAUCUGAUUUUGAUGAAUAUUUCCUCUUUAGUGUGUAGAGCUGGUUGGAUUAAUAUGAGAAAUAUAAGGUAUAUUCUGCUGUAAGUUUUAUAUUGUUGUUGGCUAUAUAUAGAUGUAUACAUUAUUCUCAAAAAUAAUUCAGAUUAUUACAGUUUAAAAUGUUAUCCAUACUACAGAUCAAAUCGUUGUGGCCAAGACUUAAUUAUCGUUAAUCUCCCUCUGAAAUGCACAAAAAUAACAUAAAACAUGGAAUUGGUAAUGUCAAACGAGCACAUCGUUGGCUGUAACUUCAGAACAGACUUUCAUGGGACAGGAAGGAAAGAAGAUUUUAAAUAUUUCCAUAUAAACAAACAUGCUGUCAUUUUUCUUCUCCAUUUGAGGUCUAACUAGCUUUAUUUUACAACAAAGACAGAAAAAGUAAAGAUGAAGUGAUAUAACAGAUGAUUUUUGUUAUUACAAAUGAACAGAGCAUACAUAUUGACUUAUCUUUUUGUCAUCAAGACACAUUAUUUACAAGGUUAUAUAUAUAUACAUUAUGGAUAUUUUUAAUAAAUAUUGUACAUAA